ACGCGCCGACGAGCGUCGGCCUGAAAUAACAGCGGGAAUGCGCGCACAGUGAAUCAGCGUUCGUCCGUUCGUUCCGCAACAAACCACGCGCUUUUCUUCACGCCACCCCUCUUUCUUCUCUUCGUCCUCCAACCCAACGAUUCCGCGUUGCGUUGUCGUUGCGAUCGGCUCCGGUAUAUGCUCUCUCGGCGGGGACAGAGAGAGAGAGAGAGAAAGAAAGAAAGAGGAGUAGUACCCCGGAGUCUCUUCCUGAGAGAGAACGGAAUUGAGAAAAGCCAGAAGCGCGCCAGAGACACAUUGCCAAAGGCAGGAGCGAGGGGAGCGAGUAAGGGGAGUUUUCGAGACGCCGUCGAAGGAGUUUUCUCGGAAGGAAGAUCGCGGACGUCGCAACACAAACACCCCAAAAAAUUUCAAUGCAAAGAAGAGGAGAAGGGGAAGGAUUUGACAAGCCUGGGAAAUUCGUUUUGACGCCAACUUCACACGCCUGUUUGUAAUGGAAUCGUCUUGGGAGAUUUCAAAAGCCUGAGGAAAUCCACUCAUGCCGCGAUUACAUUAAACCGCACACAUGCUUGGUGUCGAACGAAUCGAAAUGGCGACGACGACGAGGAUCUGCCUCAUCCUUGGGAUGAUUCUCGCUAUCCUGCAAAUCGGACUUACGAGAGGACACGCGCGAGGACGAACUGUACGGUUAGCAGACAAGAGCAAUCCCGACGUUGUGGUGAACGUGGGCGAGAAGCUGAACCUGCGCUGCCCGCAGAACUCAAGCAACGUCGAGACGAUAACGUGGUACAAGGACAACGAGACGCUGCGCCGGCCGAGCGCGAGGAUGCGCAUGAUGAAACAGUCCCUGAAGUUCAAGUACGUCGAACUGAACGACGCGGGCGUCUACGGUUGCAAAUUGAAUUCGAACGCGACAAUUGAAUGGCGAAACGUGACCGUGCACGUGGAGACGGUGCAGAACGACGGUUUUCAGAACGAAGAGGGCGAGGAGACGAGCGCCGGCGUAAUGGACGCGCUCAGGCCGGAAGACGAGAGCAACGAUCUCGAAACCGAGACCAGGAAUAUACCUGAGACGCGAUCGUUGCGAAUGGACGAGAAAAUCGACGCCGACGCGGCGGACGAGAAGAUUGAGAACGACACCGAAGGCGGCAGGCAACAACAGCACGGCAACACGAUCGCGGAGAGCCCACCGGUCUUCAACAGAACCGAGGAAUUGUACGGGAAAGUAGUGAAACCCGCCGGCAGCACGCUGCGAUUGAGAUGUCCGAGCGUGGGCAAUCCGACUCCGAACAUCACGUGGUUGAAGAACAACGAGGAGCCGAAGCGAGAUCUCGGCGCCGCGAUUCGCACCAAGUGGACGCUGAGGUUGGAAGAUCUCGUCACGAAGGACAACGGCAACUACACGUGCAUCGUGUGCAAUUAUCUGGGCUGCAUCAAUCACACGUUCAAAGUCGAAAUAGUCGAAACAGUACCGCACCGACCAAUCUUGACGAGGGCGCCACGAAACACCACCGUGCUUAUCGGUAACAACGCCACCAUGAUCUGCGAGGUGUUGUCAGACGCACAUCGUCACCUAGAAUGGUAUCACGGUUACCACACUUCUCUCGACACCGUCAACAAGAGCAGUCAGAACUUGAGGGUAGAGGUGGUCAAGGUUGGAAAUGAUACGGAUACUCCCGAGGAACUGAGGCUUUACAACGUUACGGAAAAGGACGAAGGAUGGUACACGUGUAUAGCUCAGAAUACUUUGGGGGAAACCUUCAGCAGCGCAUAUCUUCGUGUUGUUGAAACGUUGGAGGAGCAGAGAGUGCUACUGACCGCGAGACCGCAGAUGAACGUGCUGGUAAAUGUGCUGGCGGCCACUCUGUGCGUCUUCUUCGCCGUGGGCGCCAUUGUGGUGCUCUUCAUAUUCCGUCGGUUGAAGCGCGAAAAGAUGAAGAAACUGAUCGCGGUCGAGACGGCGCGCGCGGCGAUCAGAACGCAAUGGUCGAAGAAGGUGAUUGUGGAGAAGCAGAAGUUGGUGAACGCGCAGAACGCGAUCGAGGAAGAGCUGCUGAGACCGGUGGUGAAGAUCGAGAAGCAGAAGUCCACGGUGAUCUCCGAGGACAGCAACUGCGACUACGUGUCCGAGUACGAGUUGCCGUUGGAUAGCGCGUGGGAAUUGCCGAGGGAAUACUUCACGCUGGGCAACACUCUGGGCGAGGGAGCCUUCGGAAAGGUCAUCAGGGCUGAGACGACCGCCAACAAGCCUGGAAUACCCAGCGUCGUGGCGGUUAAGAUGCUGAAAGAGGGUCAUACGGACACCGAGAUGCUGGACCUCGUCUCCGAGAUGGAAAUGAUGAAGAUGAUCGGCAAGCACGUGAACAUCAUCAAUCUACUAGGUGCUUGUACUCAGAACGGUCCUUUGUACGUUAUAGUGGAGUUCGCUCCUCACGGCAAUCUGCGUGAUUUUCUGCGGGAUCACCGACCCUCCUCCGGGUACGAGCCGACUAUCGGACAAGAAAUGAAGGAGCGAAAGACCCUCACGCAAAAAGAUCUGGUCUCUUUCGCCUAUCAAGUGGCGCGAGGGAUGGAGUACUUGGCCAGCAGACGAUGCAUACACAGGGACCUGGCCGCUAGAAACGUACUCGUCAGCGACGAGUACGUGCUGAAGAUCGCUGACUUCGGUCUUGCCAGGGACAUCCACUCCCACGACUACUACAGGAAGACAACAGACGGACGAUUGCCGGUAAAAUGGAUGGCUCCCGAAGCCUUGUUCCAUCGGGUUUACACCACUCAGUCCGACGUAUGGUCGUACGGGAUUCUGUUGUGGGAGAUCAUGACACUGGGUGGCACGCCUUACCCGUCCGUGCCGUCGGUCGAGAAAUUAUUCCAGCUACUUAGAACCGGGCAUCGAAUGGAAAAGCCGCCUUGCUGCUCGGUCGAAAUCUAUUGUCUCAUGAGAGACUGUUGGUCUUAUCAUCCGCACGAGCGACCGACGUUUGUGGAACUGGUGGACCAUCUCGAUAAACUGUUAACGAUAACAGCCAACGAGGAAUAUCUGGAUCUCGGCCUGCCCCAGUUGGACACACCGCCGUCCAGUCAGGAGUCCAGCGAGGCGGAAGAGGACGACGAGGAGAAAUUCCCACACCUGCUGUGAACCACGUACAGACAUCGCUUACAGACAAGAGAUGAUCAAAAUAAUCCGAACGACUCGCGAAAACGUGUAAUCGAAUAAAAAAAAAAAAAAUUACACAUUCAAUAACUGGCGGGAGCAAAUGAAUCCUGAAAUGGAUGCAAUAAAUGAUUGAACGAAACGAAGAGUGUGAGCGCGAAAUAUCACACCGUGGAAAAAUGACGUGAGCGCCCAAAUAAAACAGUAUUGAUUCGUGUAGAAGAAGAUCGCGUAUCCACACACGUAGAAUUAAGAGGAAGUGCGUUUUUUUAAUCGCGUUAAACGACAGCAGCAAAAAAAAAUCUCUUCUGUGUCACAAUUGAAUAUUUUUACUAUUUUUCUACGCGAAUUGAUGUUUAACAUUGCGCACCAUGUUCUUAAGACACAAAAAAGUUGAGAAACAGAGAGUGCGGGAAUUCAGAAGAGACUGUUCUUGGUUUUUUUUUGUUUUUUUCUUUUUUUUUGUUUUUUUUUUUUUGUUUUUUUUUACGUCUAUAGACGCAAAGCGGAUUUCUAUAUCUUUUGGAUCUGUAAGUAUACAAUAGAUGUAACAAUCGUGCCAUUAAAUCAGAGUGCCUUGUAGAGGUAUCGAGAGAGAAAGAGAGAGUUGUAGAUAUACAUAGGUCGCGUCGUGAGUACUCGUCCUUAUCGUAAGAAAUUAUCGCGAAGUAAAAAAAAAAAGGGCAUAAUAAUUGUGUUUGUAACUAGUCAGCUAUGAAAAUUUGUACGGUUUUCUGUAUUAUAGUAGCUGGUAGAGAUUAUCUAAGGGGUAAGUUUGCAACGCUCUUUUUUCCGUUCGCAACGCUCAUGGAAUCAUUUAAUCCUUGUUUUUCAUCGAAAGUUAAACAAAGAUAGGAUAACUAUCACGAGCGUUGCGAACAGCAAGUGGAACUUACCUCUAGUGUUUUUACGUGAUUAUAUAUAGUUUAAAAAGCGGACAACGACCGUAGAUUUUGUAUCGCGGACUAGCGUCUUCUGUAGUUUUUGUAUAAAGAAACAAUUCAACUUAGAUACACAUGCGAGAUCGAAUGUGAGAGGAAAACGAGCAACAACGAGCGGUUAAGCGUCAUCGAAACGACUAGAAGGACGCGUCGUUUCGAGGAGAACAAAAGUCCAAAGUAUCACUGUAAAACCUUAAAUAUAAAUAUAUAUAUAUCACCGAUGCGAACGAUAAAUGUAUAAAUGGGAAAGGUGUUUUUAGCGGUAGAUAAUUUAUUUCUGAUAUGUAUCAAGUGUCUUAAAGAUGUGUAUUCUGUAACUUUUUUUUUUUUUACGUACAAUAAUUUUAAGAAUUUACGUCGUUGGCGGGCGACAUUUUUGUAAAAAGUGAUAAAAUUAAUAUGUGCUCUAGCCAUAGUUUUAGCUAAGAAAACUAGUGUUCUAAUCCGAAAGUUUGUACAUAUAGAUUAUUUGUUUUCUCUCAUCGUAUCUAAGAGUUAGAAUAAUAAAAUCUCACACAGCGCAUUUAAGAUAGGAAUUAAAUGGAUGUAUAGAAAUGUUGUAAAAAAAAAAAAAAACAAAAAAAAAAAAAACA